AUGGGUCCGACAGACUUGCUCAGGCCCCACAAGAACUCUAGCCGGGAUGUGCGCAGAUACGGCAUGCUGGCUUUCGGGGCUCUGCUGAUUGGGUUGAUCGUGUCCACUCUUGGCAAUUCGAGGGUGGACAGCAGCAGCGCCUUAGUGCAAGUGCUCGUCACCGUCCCAGCAGGGCUGCAUGCAGGCGAUCUUUUCAACUUCAAGGUAGGAGCCAAGGACUACUCGACGCGGGUUCCUUUCGGGAAUGGAGCAGGAGAUGUUCUGAAGCUUGAUCUGCCCCUGCCUCCUCAAUCGUCCUCCGCUCAUGCCUCGAUGUUCCAGCAGCAUGACCUGAAAGGCUAUGACACGUUCCUGGUGCAAGUUCCUGCUGGCAUGCACGGAGGAGAGGAAUUCAAAGUGAACGUGCCUGGGCAGGGCAACGUGCUGGUUAAGGUCCCUGUGGGUCAGUCUGCAGGAGCCAAGUUGUUGUUCAACGUUCCUAAGGCACGAGAGGGGCUUGUGGCCUUGGCUAGCAGCGAUUCUUCCACCCACAGCGAGCAGGAGAACCUGGAGGCUGGGAAAGAGGACCAGGAGACAUCUCAGAGCAAGCUGCUCUCCAAACCUCGAGUGUCAGUUCGCACUGAGGCCAAUGGAGAAGAAAAGGUCACCAUCGUGUUGCCUGCAGCUGCUGCGGCGGAGCAAACCAGUGCCGCUGACGCUGACGCUGCCAUCAAGCGACUGGAUGCCAAGAUGAAGCAGCUGGAGGCUGAGGUCCUUGCAGAAAAACAAGCGGCGAAGAAGGAACUGAAGUCGAAGACUGUCUACGAGCAAGAAGCCAAGAAAGCAGCGAAGACGAUUCAAGCUCUCGACCAAGAGAUGGAUCAGAUGAAACAGCAAAACAACGCGCUAGCAAGUGCGCUCAAAGAAAAAACAACGGCCGAGACAGAGGAAAGGGAAAAGGCUGAACAGGAGGCAAAGGCACAGGCAGCUUCAAACAAAGCUUCGGAAGCGAAAAAAGCAAAGAACAAUAAGAUCCAAUCAAAAAUCUUAAAAGAAGAGACGGAAAUCAACAAAUUGUGGGACAAGUACAAACAGGAGAAAAAAAUGGAUAACAUGUGGAAGGAAAAAGCGACUGAGAUUGUUCAAUCAAGAAUUGCAAGGCCAAAAGCACAUGUAACUACACCUCGUCAAGCCAUCAGCCCUCAGAUGAGCGUGAAGUCAGGGUUGAAGGGGAGCAGCAAGCAUCCCUCGUGGAGCUCCCUCAUCUCCUUCUUGGAGGACAAGACGCCGAAGAAGCCCAGUAGGUCAGCGGCGACUGAUUCAGCUGCCGUUGCGACUCUCGACGAUUCCUCUGCGAGCAAGAGCAAUACCGACGAUGCGCCACUAGCGAAUCUCGCCAAGGCAGGAAGUGCAGAGAGCAGCAAGGAAAAGAUGCCCGCAAGCUUGAAGGCAGGAGGAAGCCCCUUCAAGCAAGGCUUCUCGAGAUGGUACAAGAAUUUCAAGGAGUUGUCACAGAAAGCUGAUGAGGCCCAUGCGUCUAUGAUGAAAAACUACAAGAAAGUGAAACGAGAAGCCAUCGAAGUGAAGAAAAUGCAGGAUCAUGAUCUCAAGGCCGACGAGGAUUCGACACAGGGGUUGCUUUCUCUCACCAAGAUUCUCAGUGACUACGGGGCGACUAAACUCCUCAAGGGUGUGGAGUAG